CCCUUUAUAUCCCAGUGACUGAUAUAUCAGUCACUUAGAUUAUCAGCGAUCCCAGGGUCAGCGGAUGAUUUUUAGCCUCUCUUUUGUAAUUAAAACAAACCUUGUAUCCCUGUGGUACAAUUCCAUGCCUUUUAGGCCCUCUUUUAGCGAUAGUUUAUCCAUGUAUAAGUUGAUAGCCUCUUCGUCGAAAAAUGUUGUACUAGGCCAAAAUGGCGGAUCAAAAGAAAAGGUAUACAGUCGAGGAAUGCCUACAGAUUUUAGACGAUAACUUCGAUAUACCAGGAGAAGGCUUCGAAUCUGAUAUUGAAGAUGUUGAUGACGAUGAUUUUGAGUCCCUUGAACCAGGCAUGACUGGUUCUCUACGUAAUACAACUGGAAAUACUUUUCAGUUCCAAAAUCUAGAUGAAGAAGAAGAUGAAGGACCUGACAGAGUUUCCAAAAUGGAUAUUGAUUUUAAUGAUUCGUAUGUUGAAGUGCAAGGAAAUUCUCCUUCUUCAAAUCAUGGACGACCUGCCAAUGUUUCCCUUGCCAACAAAGAAUGGGAACAAAAUGAUCCCGGUAUCCCAAUCCCAAAUUUUUCUCAGAAAGAAGGGCCUACGAAAAUCUUGCCAGUGAACUCUACUGAGCUUGAUUUUUUUCUUUUGCUUGUUGACAACAGGAUACUGAAUAACAUUGUAAAGGAAUCAAAUAUUUAUGCGGAACAGUCAUUGAAAGCAGCUCAUCAAGAUGUUUCUAAAUGGAAUAAAAUUGAUUUAGCUGAGCUGAAAGCAUUUUUAGGCUUGCUGAUUGUGAUGAGCAUUCACAAAGUUCCAUGGCUUCGUGACUAUUGGUCAGAGAGUUGGGCACUUGGUGUUCCAGCAUUUGCUCAAGUAAUGCCAAGAAACAGAUUUUUUGAUAUUCUUGGAAGAAUUCACUUGGCUAAUAAUGAAAACAUGCCCCAACGUGGUGAGCAAGGAUUUGAUAAGCUUUACAAGGUUAGAAAUUUUCUAGACAGUGUCAGAGCAAAUUUUCUUUCAAACUAUGAUCCAUACAGGCAACAGGCAAUUGAUGAGGCUAUGGUUAAGUACAAGGGAAGAACAUCAUUGAAGCAGUAUAUGCCAAUGAAGCCUAUAAAAAGAGGAAUAAAAAUUUGGUGCAGGGCUGAUAGCAGAAAUGGCUAUCUUUGUGACUUUGAUGUAUACACCGGUAGACAAGAAACAGGCAUUCAGCAUGGUCUUGGAUACUCUGUAGUUACAAAACUGUGUGAGGCAAUAAAAGGUCACUGGUAUGCUGUGUUCUUUGACAACUUCUUUACAUCGUAUAGACUUGUUGAAGAUCUCUACUCAAGAUAUAAAAUUCUAAGUGUUGGAACACUUCGCUCAGGUCGUGUUGGCUUCCCUUCCUUUCUAUCUGACAAAACAUUGGCAAAGUCAUUGAAGAGAGGAGAAAUGAAGUGGAGCAUGAAAGGUCCCAUCCUAGCUUUGACAUGGAUGGAUAAAAAGCUUGUGCAGAUGACAGGAACUUACACCUCUUGUCCUGGAGAUAUCCUGCCAUUGGUAAAGAAAAAGAAGAAGGAUGGUACAUUGGAAAAUGUACCCUGCCCUGAUAUUAUUAGGGAAUAUAAUGCCUACAUGGGUGGAGUAGACAGAAAUGACCAAAUGAAGUCAUAUUACACAAUUCCCUGUGCUGGUAAGAAGUGGUGGAUGAGAAUUUUUCUAGACCUUUUAGACCGGGCAAUCCAUAAUUCAAAUAUACUUUACAAUGAAUCACCAAAUCAUUCAAGACAAAGUUUGAAAACAUUUCGCAUAAAUUUGGCUCAAUCCCUGAUUGGAGACUUCUCUUCAAGAAGAAGGAUAGGAAACCCAUCGUUUGGGCCAUUGGAGAAGCGCUUUGUUGAAAGACAUUUUCCUGAAAUUGUUCCUCUAAACGAGAAAGGCCGACACAAAGAAAGAAGAUGUUAUGUAUGCUCACAUAAUGGAAAAAGAAAGCAGGUUAUUUACUUUUGCCCAGAUUGUGAUGUUGGUCUUUGUCCUGCUCCUUGUUUCAAAGACUAUCAUACAAACUAGUGUUUAUGGAGAGGUUCUUGUUUUACUUUUAUGAACUGAUAUUUAAAAUGACUUUUUCCAAUAAUGACCCUGAUCUAUCAUUAUCAACUAGUUUUGUGUAAAUUAAAUUGUUAUAAUAUAAUAUUUGAAAUAUAAAGUAACUAAAUCAAGAGAGAAUAUACUCUGCAAAGAUAAAAAAGGACAUUGAGAUAAAUUGUAAAGCCUUUUCUACUUAUUUUUAAGAAUUUCAAGAUUUUGCUUUCUAUUUACGAUGAUUGUAUUGCAAAAUAGUGAUCACAUCAUAAUAAUAUGAAAUGACCCUUAAUAAUAAAAAUUAAUAAAAAAGUAAAAGUGUGUUCUGUAAGAAGUCAUCUUGCAAAGUUUUGAUAUUAUAAAUUGCGUAAUGAAUGAAUAAGGACAUUUUUUGCUUUUUUCCUAUAUUCUCCCUUUAGCCCGAACGUUUUCUUGAUACCGUGAGAGUAAAAAAAAGAAAUAUUUUCCUUCAUUCAAACCAAAAACUUGCAUGUAAGGUCUUAUUUUGUUCCCUGAUUGUUGCUCUUUCAAAUGAAACAGGUUGUUGAUUUUUCACUUUACCCUCUAGGCUGUCAGAUUACUAUGAGUGGAAAGACAAAUUUUUUCGAAAAAAUUUCCUUAUUUUUGUUUCCCCCCCAAAUCCUUAUACAUUAACAAACCACAAUUUUUUUUCCAAAUUAUGUUUUGACUGUUCCUUAGUCGAACACAGAUCAAAUUACAGCACCAUAGCUAAGACCAUGACUUUGCAGUGUCAUUUUAACCAAACUGUGGUCAAAAACGACAAAAUUUGGAAAAAUGUAUUUGGGACAUAAAGG